UCUACGUCAGUGCAGAGGCUGUAAGAGACAUGAAACAUAAGAAAGAGACAGAAGACUUCAACACAGAAGAACCCCAAACACCUCGACACACAGAAGACUUCAACACAGAGGAACCCCGAACACCUCGACACACAGGAAGUGAUGGUGUGACGAUCUCCAGAGCAGCUGGUGUGUGUUUGGGGCUGGUGUGUGUUCUUCUGCUGACUGCAGUCAUAGUGUUGUGUGUCAUCUUCACUCAAGAGAGACAACAGCUACUUACUAAGAUCACCAACCUCACAGAAGAGAGAGACCAGUUGAAAUCAGAAAGAAAAGAUCUUCUGAAGAAGUUUGCGGAUGGAUGGAAGUGCCAUCAAUCCAGUCUUUACUUCUUUUCCUCUGAGACGAAGAACUGGACUGACAGCAGAAGAUACUGUACAGAGAGAGAAACAGAUCUGAUCAUCAUCAACAACAGAGAGGAACAAGAUUUUGUGAAGAAUAUUUGUGGUUCUGAUCCUUUCUGGAUUGGUUUGACUGAUAUUGAAGUGGAGGACAGAUGGAAAUGGGUUGAUGGCAGCACACUGACCUCUGAGUUCUGGGCGUCUGGAGAGCCAAACAACUAUCAGGGAAACGAAGACUGUGCUAAUACUCUUUCAUCAGGAUGGUUUGAUACUCAUUGUAAUACUAGUAUUAAAUGGAUCUGUGAGAAGAGUGUUCUUAAAUGAUACAUUAUAAUAACAAUGUACGUAUAUACAUCAUGAAAAUAUAAUUAUGUCAGUAAUUUUACCUGUUU